GAACCGACGGUCAAAAGAAAGACGGAUGAAGCAGCUGAGCAGUCUCGGGGCCAGGAGACACUUCUUCCGAAACCCCAGGAGGGCGAUGAGACCUCUUAGGGCCGGACUCAUGGAAGAGGGAAUACCUCAUAAUGCAACUUUCGCAUACUUUUCAGAUUCAAACAGUCCGAAUGACUUCAACUAUGGGCCUCAUCCGGGAUUUUACGACUAUUUCCCGGGACAUCAUCCACAAGGUGGAAUAGCAGAUUUUCCUGGCACAGUACCUAUCGGUCCACCAGGAAAUUCCUUGGAACAUCCAAAUUCUAUAAAUAAUGGCGUGACAAAUCUGACGACAGAUGGCUCUUAUGUCAACACACCACCGGAUUGCCUAGGAUCAAGGUCAAGUCCAGAGAAUGUUUUGGGUGCUAUGUCGGAAAACAGUUACGCUUCUGCAGGAAGACCACAACCGCAACAGGAUGGCGGCCCUGCGUUUUCUCCCUUUAUGUCAAAUCACGUUCCAGCUCAUAUAGGUGAAACCAGAGUCUGGUGACAGUUAAAUGCUUGACAAUGAAUCCUAACUAUCUCUCGUAUACUUUUCCCGUCUCCUGAAUGUUGGCAGUGUUGUUCACUUUAUUUAUUACAAGACUGUGGCUGCCAAAGUUACAAGGCAUUACAUACAAGUACUAAUGUAGCAAAUAAACACUUUUUGUUCCGUUGAAUGGCAACAUAGAAUGGACUAAGGAAUCUGUGAUUUUUAGAUAUAUUUGAAAAGCAAAUACUUUGGCAAAGCAGCUGUUAGAAAUGACACAAUCGAAAAGGAUUAUCUCAUUGAUUCUUGUGUUCUAAACCACACAUUUUAAAGAAUGUGUCCAAGAACGCCACUGAAAAAUGGCUUCAGUUUUGACUUCAUAUGUAUAUAGAUAUUGUAUAAAUGUUCUCGAGAUGAAUUUUAAAACAAAUAUGAGUGUUUUCGUUUUUUACGUUUGAAAAGGGCAUUAGUUUCAAUAUUUUAUCAUAAAAAUAUUUAUUAUUUAACGUAUUAAGGAAAAAUAAAGCAUAAUGUUAUAAUUUAGUCAAAAUAAACACAUAUCACGCUUAAAACUGUGAAAUCUAUAUAAAAAUGUUUAAAUUUGUAUACAUCUAUGUUAUCAAUGCUUUCAAUAAAUCAAAUAUCUCAACGUAAAAAUUUAGCAUUACUUCCAAAAUCGCAGAUAAGAGACUAAAUAUUCUCAAUAAAGAAACUGAUGCACUGAAAUUAACAGAAGUAAGUUAUCAGUUUAUCUUAAAAACUUAUUGAUUGGUGAAUAACUGCAAAUGUGCGCUGCAAUUUUAUGGAAGUAAGCAUAAAAAUUAUGUAACAUUUCCCUUUUACAAACAGAUAAUAAAUACUUCAGUCUUUCUUUUCGUUAUCAAGUUUAAACACUUUUAAAGAAGUUCGCAUCUUUAGAGUUAAUUGCAACACUGAAAGUGAUUUAAUAUUGUUGUUAAACUACAGAAUUUUCGAAAGGAUGCAUAUAAUUAACUCCACAGGAUGUCCUUAAAAUAACGACAGGAUUUUGUGAAAACUUAAUAGUAAUAAAUAUACAUUAAUAAUGAGAAUUAUACAACACUGCUCUAAAUACUUUUGUUACUAUUAUUAGUUAACAUAGAUUUUGAAAGGUAUCACAGUGAUUCCUUGUGUGUGCCAUUCACAAAAUGGCAUACAUCGAAAUAUUCACUUUUGGUGAAGAUUUAAAGAAGAUUAUCAAUUGAAGGCUUGAAGAUGCUGCAACCAUGGGCGAAGCCAGGAUCGGAGCUAGGGGGAUGCAAACGAUCAAAGACCGAGAAAACGAAACUAUGACAUGACGAAUUCGUCAGUGGUAGAGUAGAUAAAUUUGCUGAGCACCAGUAAUUGCUGAGCACUUUUAAACUUCCUUGAUCCUUGAUCCAUGUACAAGCGUUUUUCGAACAGAUUAAACGAAUUAUUAUACUUUACAGCGUUCGUUUCUUUAAUUAUUUAACACAAAGUAUUUUGUGAAAUUUAAAACACCAUAAUGACUCGAAUUAGGAAAGAGUUUUGCAAUAAUUUCCUUUCCCCUUGUCAUUAAUCCAAGAAAGAGAUCUGGAAGUUGCAAAUGUCAUCGUCACAAAGAAGUCUGUCGUUAGUUCCCAGAGUACUAAAAAUUAUACUUAGACCGGACAAAAGAGGGAACGCUUGUCUAUAAGAAAACUCUUGGAAUUACGACCAGUUGCAAUUACAAUCAGACAUCCGUUACUUAUUUAUAUCGUUUAAGGUGAAUGUAAGCAAAAGGAUGUUCCAAGGCUAGGUGGCCUUAUUUGUAUGACCGGCUGUGAAAAUCUUUGGAGUUGGGGAAAAAAAUUAAAGUAAUUCGGCUACGAUUCUACAGAAGACCGGGGGGGGAAGAGACCUUAAAAAGCAAUAUAAGAAACAGAAAAAAAAGUUUCACUAACUUGUUAGUCUGAAAAAAAAAAAAAAAAAAAA